CGGUGGUUUUGCAAUUGAUAAACUUUUAAGGUUGUCAAAAUUAAAGGUCCAGUAGCAAUUAAUUUACAAUGGGAAUUUGUGUCACCUUCGCAAUUUUGUAUCUUGGAGCAUUCCACAUUCAUGAAAUGGUUACUUCGACAUCAACGAACGAGGUUUAUUCAUUAUGGACAACGGAAACGACAAACACUGUUCCAGAGACAACUGUAGAAUUUGGAACUGUAGAGACAACACUGCUGUCAACAACAAUGCCACCAGAGACAACUUUAGAAUUCAUGACAACACUGCUGGCAACACCAAUCUCACAAAGUACAGUUUGGCCAUCAUCAUCAUCAACAUCAUCAACAUCAACAUCAACUGAGAGAAUAACAACAUUAGCUGAAACAACAACGCCGUCCACUGACGAAAUAUCUACGACAGAAAUAACGAGUGAAACUCCAAUUACAUCUGCUGAGAGAACAAUCAAAUCAACUACGGUAAGACCAAUAACGAUUGAAAAAUUAACAACGGAUGAAAUGACAACAUUAACUGAGGAAAUAGAUUCAUCGACUACAAAAUUACAAAAAUCGACUGAACAAUCAUCGUCAACAGAUGAAAUAAUAUCUACUGAUCAUGAUGAACCGACUGAGCAAUUAAUAUCUACGAAUGAAAUAACAUCUACUGAAAAAAUAACUACAAAGCCCCCAUUAUCGACUGAGCAAUCAACAUCAACGGAUGAAGAGCCAACAACAUAUGUUACUGAUACGACAACAACGAUGUCGACUACAAAACUCCCCUUUACAACUGAAGAAUUAACAUCAACGAAACCAGCAACAUCUACAAGAAGAACAACCCUAUCAACUACAAUGUUACCAUUGACGACUGAAUAUCUAACAACUGGCACAAAAAUACCAACGACUGAAAGAAUGACAACUUCAACUGGAAAAAUAACUACACCGACUAAGACAUUAUUAUCAACAAUUGUAAAAACGACAACACCAAAUCGAGAAAUAACUGCGUUGACUCAGAAAAUAAACUCGACUGAAAAGGGCUCAACAAAUAUACCAUUUGUCACACAAAUAACAAAAUCAGAUAAAAGUGAAGGAACAAUCGCUGCGCUAGGCACCAUUGCCGGUGUCUCUUUGAUAGCAAAUGUGAUAUUGUCUAUGCUGUUGUUCAGAAGCUGUAGACGAGUAUCAGCCGAUUAUGACACAACGCCAAUUUAUGGGAAUGAAAAUGUCUCCAAUACUGAUCAAACAGAAAUGUACACAGGACUGGACUUCAAGGAAGAUCGCUGUGCGUACCAGGCACUGACCCGUGGAAAUGAAGUCAUUUACAGCAAUACAAAUAUAUAAUAUAAAGAUUGCUCUUAACAUUAAUUGCUUGUAUAACGCACUUUCAGAUAGUGAUAUCAUUUUAAAAUAUAUAUUUUGUUGUA